GUUACUACACUAGGAGUGGGGACUGGAUUAGGGUCAAACGAACCAUCCUGUAUGCCGCGCUCCCCAAGCGACGAUUCCACUAAAUUGGAUUAAUGCCGCCUGGUCGCACCGGUCGUAAAUAACAUCACACAGCGCAUGCGCAAGGUCGGUUGAUCAGCCGGAACCGCUGUCAUGUGCGGUGCAUUGUAGGAUAUGUUUACAUCCCGAACAUGGCAGCUUUCUCGCGUGACGAUUACUAUUUGGAAGAUGAUAUGGAUUUUCUUACGGACAUUGAAGAAGAUUUGAUUCUAGAAUCGGAAGAGGAUAGCCUAUCUUCUGUGUGCAUAUGUAGCCUUCCUUCAACGGUUGAUUUAAUUGCAUGUAAUGGACCUAAAUGUCCAGUUGGAUUCUACCAUCGCGAGUGUGUUAGUCUUCCGUGCAGUGCCAGUGUCGAUACAAGUGCAGGUGCAGGCACCGGCACAUCCCUGGUCGAUCCCGAUCUUGAUCACUGGCUGUGUGGAUUUUGUCAACUAGAUACAGACAAGGGAGGUGCUAAAUCUACUUCAGAAUCAAGUGCUGUGCAUGCAAGUACUGAGGCAACAUGUGCACCAUCUGAAGGCAGUGCUGCGACAUCCAGCAGUGGGGAUUUCCCGAGGAAGACUACCACUGACACAAGGAAGAAACGGAGGCAAACCAAAACAAAAUUCGGUGCUCUUCAGAAUCUAGAGGAGGUCAAGUCCAAGUCAGCGUUAGUUUUCAAGGAAGCUGUUCUCCAGCUGAAGUCCAACGAAUUCUACCAAGAAACAGAAGUUGGGCGCAAAGUCAUCGCCCUAGCAGACGAGAUAAAUUUUCAUUCGGAAAUUGUUGAAGGAUCUGUGCGGGACAUAGUGCAGGACAUUGUUGAAAUAAUCAGUGCUGCAGAGGACAAGGCAGCAGGACCGGUGGCCAAUACCUUCAUCCUGACCAAAUUCCAGACUUACAAGUGUGGAAGUCGAGCGACUCAAUUAUGCCUGGCAAUGCUUUCUAUGGAGGAGCCGUCCAUUCCCUUUCGUUUUCUCCAGCAGUAUGUUCUCCGUGUUGUCCUUGAGAAGCUGAUGAAAAUUAUCAGGGGCGAUGGGUUUGAACCGGAGGAGGAGACAAGUCCGUUGUCAGUUCACGAUGAACAAGUUUUACGGUAUGUAGCCGGGUACAUACCGUACGCCCUCUGCAAAAAGUUUGGCCGGAUGAAGUCACAGAGUGCACUUGCAAUAACGGCAUUUCUGCGUGAGUGGAAGAAGGACGACGAUGACAACACAGAGUCCGACACUUUCCUACAGUACACAUCAGUUUGGUUGACUUUCCAGAACAGAGGGGGGCUGUUUGUUGUGUCAGACACUGUCUACAAAUUGUUCAGAUCUUUGGAGCUGGUGACAAGGAAGCUGCUCACUCUUGGAAAUAGUGAGACAGAAAGUUUGAAAGACAGAUUGUUGAAGCACAUUUUUGGAAGCGUACAUGUACAGAACAUGUGGUGCAAGGUGGCAGGCAGUCUAGACACGAAUUUGUCGGAACCUCUCUUUUCUUCGAUUGUAAACUAUUGGGUGAAGAUCAGAAUAUCAUCGUAUGUGAAGUUGUAUGUCAGUUCACUCAAGAGGGAAGCAAAAAUCGCAACUGGAAAAAAAAAGGGACUGAGGAGAGAACUGAAAAAGCAGCAGAAAAAGUGAACAUUAACAUGAACCUAUCUGUCUUGUGCCAGCAAAGAUAAACACAAUAUUGGCACUGACACUAUCUAGAACCAGCCAGCUCAGUUGUUAUCAAUUUACUUUCAGUUGUUUAAUUCUACUUAAAGGGAUCCGGUAACUUUGUCUUAGAUCCUUUAUAAAUAAUCCUUGAUUUAGCUCAUGCUGCAAUGAUAAUUAUAAACCUUUAGGUCAG